AUGAACGACAGGUACCACCGGGCGGCCAGUGACGGCUACCUGGACGUGCUGAGGGAGGCCACGCGGAGGGAGCUGAACGCACCGGAUGAGGACGGGAUGACACCGACCCUGUGGGCCGCCUACCACGGCAACCUGGAGGCGCUCCGGCUCAUCGUGGGGAGAGGAGGUGACCCAGACAAGUGUGACAUCUGGGGGAACACACCACUUCACCUGGCAGCUGCCAACGGCCACCACAACUGCCUGUCCUUCCUGGUGGCUUUCGGUGCCAACGUGUGGUGUCUGGACAAUGACUACCACACACCGCUGGACAUGGCCGCCACCAAGGGCCACAUGGACUGUGUUCGCUACCUGGACUCCAUCGCUGCCAAGCAGACCAUCCUCAAUCCAAAGCUGAUCAGCAAACUGAAGGACCGGGCUUUCCGCGCCGCAGAGCGCCGGAUCAAAGAGUGCGUGAAACUCCAGAGGAAGCACCGAGAACGUAUGGAGAGGAAGUUUACGAAGGAGUUGGUGGCUUUAGACAACCUGGAUGCUAUUAGCUUUUCUAGCUACACCAGCAGCAGCACACUGAGUCGCAAGUUCAACACCGUCACCUCCAACAUGCCAUACUCGCAGGCCACUCUACACUCAACAGCCAAGGGCAAGGCCAAGAUACAGAAGAAGCUGGAUAAGAAGAAGCAGGUUGAUGGAACGUUCAAGAUCUACGAGGAUGGGAGGAAAAGUGUGCGCUCGCUAUCCGGCCUGCAGCUAAGCAAUGACGUCAUGUUCCUCAAACAGGGCACCUAUGCCAACCCCAAGGAGAGGUCACGCCUCAACAUCCGUGACAUGUUCCCCCGUGACAAUGAUGACGAUGCCGACACCAUCUCCCGUGCCAUGAGCGACCCGGGCCUCCAUGAGGCUGCGUAUUCAGAGAUCAGCGCUGACUCCGGUCGUGAUUCCCUGUUCACGCGGCCCGGGCUUGGCACCAUGGUGUUCAGGAGGAACUAUAUGACUGGGGGCAUGUUUGGGAUCGGGGCACGGGACGAGGGGAGUGUUGCAGGGAGUGAACCCGUGGGCCAGGUGCCUGAUGUUCGUCUACGUGGACAUCUGCCUCGACGCUCGCCCAGUUUUGAUGAGGACAGUAUUGGUAGCGCCUUGAGCCUGCAAGAAAGAAACUUGCAGGAGUUGCCUUGGGAGGAGGCUGAUAUUGGGCUGGACGAGGACAUGGAUCCAGAGAACAGUCCCCUCGAGACCUUCCUGGCCUCGCAGAGCCUCAGUGAGUUCAUGCCGAUCUUCAGGAGGGAGAAGAUUGACCUGCCGGCGCUGCUGCUUUGCUCAGAUCAGGACCUCUCCAGCAUUCACAUCCCUUUGGGCCCCAGGAAAAAACUGCUGGAUGCCUGCAAGAGACGUCUGGACACCCUAGACGAACCAGAGGCCAUUGAAGACACUGAGCUUUGAAGGUCAGUGUUGGAGAAAUCCAUAUUUUAUUUUUCAAAAGUGGAUCACCACCCUUCACCACUCAUUCCUACCAAUAAACCUGAGACAUAAGCUACUGUGUUUGCAUGCAUCAACAUGGCCUUUGAAUGACAUUCACUGGGGAUGACAGCCAUCACAGAACUGUGAGGAAGUGAAUGAGUGUGGAUGGACUUUGCUAACGUUAAAC